AUGCCCGGGCACAUCCUGACUGAGCGGACUCUCAGACUGCUGGCAUAUGGCAAAGGAGACUCUCUGAAGUAUUUCUACCCACUUUUUAUCAUCCACGAGUAUUUUUCUUACCUUAUUGUGACUGACGUUUGGAUCGACUGGCGUAAGCUUUCAAGUGGACCGUCCGAGUCUCAGAGCAGCCAUGGGACUUCACCGCUGAGGCGUCGUAUGGAGGAUGAGGAGGACAUGUCAAGACCCAUCUCGCAGCUCUGGGGAACGCCUUUCAGGGACAUCAAAUACGAAGACCCAACCUCACACAUGGCGGCUGGACAGGCCCUGGCUGCCGUCACUGUGGCAGUGCCCACUGCACAGAGCCACAGCAUCAAUGCACUGCCCUGCAGCCUGCACUGGCAACCACGCGCCCCCUUUCAUGGCAACGCAGGAUUACGCGCACACUUCCCCGCUCAGUUUGAGAUCAUGGAGGACCGAGGAGAGCGCUCGGUGGAGGAGGAGGAGGAAGAACAUGUGUCAGCGCAGAGAGACGAAGAGCCUCCUGCCGUGAGCGCCGAGGCUCAGAUCGGUCGCAAACUCCGGGACAUUGGAGACAAGUUCCACCAGGAGCACAUAGAUGUGUUCAUGAGGCACCAGAGACAGGUCCUUCCCGCCUGGAUGCGCCUGACCAUCGCUCUGUUCGGCUUCCUGUUUCCAGGAGAGCCGGCGCAACCUCGCCUCCGGGGGCAGCAGAGAUGA